AUGAGAGGCCAGGCUCCAGUGGGAAAGAGCCGCAGAGUAGACGGAUACCAAGACUUCAUUAGCCAUGACUGGGGUACGUCCAGGUGGUUAAAGCUCGUAGCACUGCUUGUUAUCUUCAACAGUCAUGCAGCGGCAGCGGCUUGCUUCCUCGUGAGCCUGCUCGUCGGUGUGCUUCGCAUCAGUGGCGCUGUGCCAGACCACUUUUCGACUGCUUUUGCCGGACACGUAGCUUUUUACGCAGUCCUUUGCUUCUGGCAGCGGCUGCGUGAACUGGUCCUGAAGCCUCGGAUCGUCUUUCUCGACAAGCUGUGCAUCUCUCAAGAAGACGAAGAGCUGAAGGAGAGAGGCAUUCUGAGCCUCCCAGGAUUUCUGGACCGGUCGGAGGAGUUGACCAUUCUUUGGUCCCGGAAGUACUUCACUCGUUUGUGGUGUACAUGUGAGCUUAUUACAUUCCUCAGAGACCACCGGAAACGCAAGUUCGUGCAAGUGGUGCCCGUGAAACUCUGUUUGCUGAUGCUUCUCAUGUCCGUCUCGUGGCAGUGCCUGGCGGCAGGAUAUUACAUUGCAUACCGUGAAGUUGACUCCGGCUUCCGAGUCACAUCGAUCACUGCCAGGAUCAUUUUCCAAUCAAUGGCUGUGCUGAUCCUCCCGUUUCAGAACUACAUCGCCUUGGAGCUCAUGACCGAGAUCGAGGAUUUACCCAGGCAGAUGAAGAGCUUCAGCAUUCGCGCUGCUGAUUGCGCGUGCUGCUCCUCCAGCCACCUCACGGAGACUGGCAAAAGCAUUCCUUGCGACCGGAAGCUUGUCUUCGAAGCGUUGGAGCUGUGGUACGGGAAAGCUGAGGCAACUGAAGACGAAUACCUCACCCACUUCGAUUCCUUAGUUCAAACACAGGAAGUCACCGGCAAGGUGUUGAGUGGUUUAAGAGGCUCUUUGAUACCGUUGCACUACUCCGUGUCCAUGAUCGCAAUUGCAAACGUUCCUUUCCUGUCCGACUACAUGGCUAGCAUUGCUGCUGGUCCUGCAGAACCUCUUUCUGGGCAGGAUCUGUUGGGUUGGGGCAUGCGGAUGUUCCUGGACUGGCUGAAUUUCUUCCUUGUGAUCGUGCUUGCCGUGCAGCUGAGCUUGUUGAUUUGGAGAGGCGCCAGUUGUUGCCGGAAACUUUCCCGACCACUUGUGGCUUGUCUUCUGGUACCUCCUAUGUUGAUUUCUGUUAUGACCUGGGAACCGUACCGCAGCACCAUGGCGCGCUCCCCGUCGAACAGCAUGCUGCCUUUAAUUCCGUUUGCAGGCCUCCUCGUCCUGAACCUCGGAUUUCUGAUUCCACAGAAGGAGUUCAGGUGCUGCCUGAGCAGAUCUCCACCUGCAGAGCCGGGGCUGGCCGAGCAUGGCAACGAGUUGCCCGCUGUGGACGAAGAUAGUUUUGUGUCAGUGUAA